AUGGUACAGGCUCCGAUGAUCAGCUGCCCUCUCAAGCAGACCUCCGAGAUCGACUGGGCCACACCUUUAAAGAACUACAUUCGAACAACCUAUGGCGAUGAUCCCGAGAAGUAUGCCGAAGAGGCUAAUACCCUGCACCGGUUACGACAGGACAUGAGGGGCGCAGGUGCCGAUAGUGCAAGCGGUCGGGAUCUGUUGUAUAGAUAUUAUGGCCAGCUUGAGUUACUGGAUCUGCGAUUCCCGGUGGAUGAGAAUCACAUCAAGAUUUCUUUCACCUGGUACGACGCUUUUACCACCCAGCCGACGAGCCAGUACAGUCUUGCCUUCGAGAAAGCCUCAGUGAUUUUCAACAUCAGCGCUGUUCUAUCGUGUCAUGCCGCUGCUCAGAACAGAUUCGAGGAUAAAGACCUCAAGACUGCUUAUCACUCCUUCCAAGCAUCCGCCGGCAUGUUCACCUACAUUAACGAGAAUUUCCUGCACGCACCUUCCACGGAUCUAAGUAGGGAAAGUGUCAAGACCAUGAUCCACAUCACACUGGCCCAGGCGCAAGAGAUCUUCCUCGAGAAACAAAUCCGAGAUGCAAAAAAACCGGGUCUUCUUGCCAAAUUGGCCGCCCAGGCCCAUUUUCUGUUUGGCCAGGCCAAGGAAGAUCUUGAUACCGAACAUGCUCGAGGUGUUUUUAACUCGGCGUGGUUGAAACUGGUUCAGAUCAAAGCUCUACAUCUGUCCUCUCUGGCUGAGUACUAUCAAGCUCUGACAGAUGAAGAACAGAACCAACAGGGUUCCGCGAUCGCUCGGUUGCAACUAGCUGAGAAGUCGAGCAAACAGGCUCUGACUCUCGCAAAGGCAUUUCCAUCCAAUCCAGCACCGAGCUCAACCCUCGGCCCAGAGACAGCUUCCACUAUGCAAGAUGUCACCAAAAGGCAGAUGGAAACCGUACAAGAAAAACUUUCGUCCCUCGUCAAGGACAACGAUUUCAUUUACCACAAAACAGUCCCGGCUGAAGCUUCCUUGGCUCCCGUGAGUAAAGUAGCUGCGGCAAAAGCUAUACCUUUGUCCGAAUUAUAUCAAGGACAGGACAUUCAAAGAAUAAUCGGACCCGACAUCUUUCAAAAGAUCGUACCCAUCUCAGUCACCGAAUCCGCUAGCAUGUAUGAUGAAGAAAAGGCAAAAUUGAUACGAUCUGAGGCGGAGAAAGUGGAACAAGCGAACGGUGAAAUGGCUGCAAGUCUUGAUUACCUGAAAUUGCCCAAUAGCUUGAACGUGCUCAAAGGUGGGAUGGAUCAAGAGAUGAGCGUGGACAAGGAAUUUGAAAGAUGGUGCCAGGAGUUUGUCAACCAUCAACCAUUUCACAAUUCAUUCGAACAACUCCAACGGGAUAAACAGAGUGUGGUGGAUAGCCUAGCGAAGAGCACCAAACAACUCGACAUGGAGGAAAGCGUUUGUGAAAAGAUGAGAUCAAAGUAUGGACCAGAGUGGACACAGCAACCGAGUUCCAGAUUGACAUCAACAUUACGAGCAGAUAUCAAAAGCUACCGAGAUACGGUCGAUGAGGCUGCGGCAAGUGACUCGCAGCUGUUUGCCACGGCACGACAGUAUGAAACUGAUUUCGACGAAAUGAGAAAUGCGGCAGAAAGUGGGGAAGUCGACGUGUUUUACCAGCAAGCCCUCAUCAAGUAUGGUUCCAGCUCUAAGAGCAAACCCAAAGCCGAGGAAGGCUCCCUUCUUGACGACGAUUAUAGCGAGGGCGGUCCAUCUGUGGCUGACCAGAUCGCCAAAGUUGAAGAUCUUCUGAAACGACUAAAUCUCGUCAAGAGAGAGCGGACACAAGUUUUGAAAGACCUCAAAGAGAAAGUUCAUACAGACGAUAUCUCCAAUGUGCUGAUACUGAACAAGAAAGCAAUCGCCAAUCAAGAAAAUCAAUUAUUCCAGGCGGAGUUGGAAAAAUUUCGAUCGCACCAGAACAGGUUGAUCUCGACUGUGCACAAGCAAUCUUCUUUAUUGAAAGAGCUGACCAGGUCAUAUGGUGAUUUAUUGCAAGACAAACGUGUCCGGUCAGAUCAGCAACGAUAUGACACGAUUCAGAAGGGGCGCAAUGGUGUCUUGAAUAGAUACAGGAGGGUUUAUAAUGCUCACGAAGAUCUCACUCAAGGCCUCACUCGAGCUCAGGGGUUCUACACAGAGAUGAAAGAAAGUGUGGACAGCUUGGAAAAGAAUGUUGACUCUUUCGUGAGUAAUCGAAGAGCAGAAGGUGCACAGCUUCUACAUCAGAUCGAACAAGCAAAAAGCACUGCAGCUGGAGGACAAGCUGCUGCAGAACAGAAACGGAUGCAGGAGCUCAUGAAUCGGCUGUCCAUGGAACCCAAAUCAACAUCCCCUUCACAGGGAGAGCCUCCAGCAUUGCCACCCAUGCCACAAAUCAUGACUUCCAGGUCUCCAGUACCACCUUCGCCAUCAUACCCAAUCACCAAUGCGGAUCCUCGAUUUACAAUUCCACCUCGUCACUCACCUGCUCCUGUUGUGCCGAACGGGUAUUCUGGACAGCUGCAAGCCCCUGCACAACCGAAAAAUCCCUCUCCCGUCGACGCUCAACACCCAUUCUCACAGGGAGCCGCAGCACCUCUUUCGACAAGCUACAAUCCCAUGGCAUAUCCCGAAAGAUCAGUAAUAUCUCCAAGCCAACAGUCUAAUGCACCGCCACCUCAACCACACUACGCUUUCUCUCCAGUAACAUCACCUCCCCCAAACCCACAAACCAACUAUUUCCCUCAGCAACCACCAACCCAACACCAUCCACCGACCUCCCACACACCACUGAACUUUACCUCUCCAUCCCAUCAGUACUCGCACCCACAAUACAACUUCCCGCAAACGGGCGCGCCAGGCCCCUAUCAAUCACCGUCUCCACACCCGCAAAUGCCCGGCCAACCUCAAGGCCCAUAUCAGAACUAUCCAGCACCAUACAACAUCCCACAAAACUACGUCCCCCCACCACCUCCGCCAGGACCUCCAGGCGGCGGCUCCGCGACACAGUACCCACCCAAUCCAGCCGGCGUGUGGGCGAGCGGUCCAGGCGGAUACGCUAAUUACGCGCCGCCGAAUCGCUAUGGACAGCCGACGCCGCAGCAGGGUCAGCAGCAGCAGCCGCCUCCACCAGGCCAUGGUCAACCGCCAAGCGGUGGGCAGGAUGCGGCGGACCCCUGGGCGGGGUUGAGCGCGUGGAAAUAG